UGUCGUCGGAAUAGCGUUAUUCCGACGACGUACCGACAAUUUUUUUCCUCAGUAUGUCGCUGUUUUCUUGUAGUGAGUACAAUUUUAAAAUCUGGAUAAAUAUCAAAAAUAUAUAAGGAAUCAUAUUAAUUGGAAUUAUGAUGUACAUCAUCUCUUCAUAGUAUUGGAACAAUAUACUUUCUACAUAUAAAGUGUAACAAGCCUAAGUUAUUAAGCAACGAUUAAGCCAGCAAAUUUAAGAAGUAUUAGAGGUUAUGGAUUGAUUUUCCGGUUACGUGUAUGACCAAGCAACACCACUCCGUUUCUCUACAGAUUUAGAUGGAGUUGUAACAAAAAAAAAAAAACACAAUUUACGUCGCUGUUGAAGUAUAAUCAUCUUUAUUUUCCACCCACUUUGCAUCAUAGAUGAAAUGGCAUGGAGUGAUAACUUGUUGCAAGAAAAGGAGAGGCCACUCUAUGAUUGUUGUUCUACCAAGAUAACAUGAGGUGCUUUUUCGGCGAGUCAGUGGACCGGUUUAAGGUGAUUAUGGAUGUGACGAUAGGCUUGAUUAAGGAUGGUUUUAAAAAGCAUAAUUUCAGGCCCAAAUUUCUUUGUCUCUUUUACUGCUUCAAGAUGAUAAAGGAGUAGUAUGACAUGAUAAGAAUUUACGUUUGCAAUAUGCAAGGGCAAACAUGUUGUACAUAAGAAUCCUAUCAUUUUGUAUGGAUUUUUUCUUUCAUAAAUUUCAUGUAUAUUCAUAAAUCAGUACAUAUAAUUAAUACGUAGGGAUAAUAUAUAUAUGGAUUGAAAGAGAUAGUAUAUUUAUUUGAGUUCCAAAAUAGGACUUAGCUCGUUCAUAUAAUGAAAAUGAUGAAAUCGGAAAUAAUCACCUUCCCACUUCACGUUAACACCAAUUUGGUAGCCUCUGGUAAAUGAGCUGCAUGCUUACUUAAGCAAAUCGACGGCUGAGAUUAAACGCUCCAUUAACACGCACUUUCUGAGUCACUCAACACCCUCGACAUUCAUUUAUUCUUUUAACUAAUACUCCAUCUGUAAAUAGCCAAUCAUUACAAAUCAACACGUGUCAUAAAUUCAUUAGCUGGCAUAUUCUCAAUUUGCCUUCAACUACACCUUAUUCCUUGCUUUAUUUUCGAUUUCGACGCUUUAGAACGAGAGAGAUUCAGAGGUUUGUGUUUGAACCAAAAAAAAACACAAUGAAGCGAUCAAAGACGGUUCUGAAAUAUCUCUUCGUCUUUGUUUUGGUCACCCUCCCUCCCAUGCUCUUCUUCUUCUCUACACAACAACGUAAACCUUCCUUCAACGCCCAAAAAGAUCUCAUCAAGAUCCGACCCGGUUACAAGUCUUACGAUUACUACAUCCAACGGCAGCUCAACAAAACGCUUAACCCUAGGCUACGUACGAUAUGGAUGACACGAGACUGGGACCGUAAGAUCAAAGUAUUCUCAAGAUUCUUCCAAGACCUCAAGCGUCAAAAGUUCUUAUCCAACGCUUCUAAGUGUCUCUGCGUUGGAGCUAGAGUCGGACAAGAAGUGGAGGCACUGAAACGGGUGGGCGUGACUGACUCGGUCGGGAUGGAUCUUGUUCCUUAUCCACCGUUGGUGGUCAAAGGAGACUUUCAUCACCAGCCGUUCGAUGAUGAGACUUUUGAUUUCGAAUUCUCUAACGUGUUUGAUCAUGCGCUUUACCCGGAGAAGUUCGUUGGAGAGAUUGAACGGACACUACGACCAGGUGGUAUAUGUGUGUUACAUGUGGCUCUCUCUACACGCUCGGAUAAGUAUUCUGCGAACGAUUUGUAUAGUGUGGAGGCGUUGGUGAGGCUGUUCAGACGAUCGGAGGUGGUUCACGUACGAAAUGUGGACGGCUUGGGGUUGGAUACGGAGGUCGUUUUUAGGAAGAAAAGGGAUUCAUCAAAGUAAUCCAGUCUUGAAUGUUUUUGCUCCUUCUUCUUUUUUUUUUCAACAUUUAUUGUUUAUCUAUUAUUUUCCAUCGAAUCACAUAAAAACAGGAUGUAUUCUAAAAUUUAUAGUUCGUAUAGUGUUCUAAUUGCAUGGUUGAUGGUAUUUGAGGGUUUC